AAAUGGCUUUGGUGAGAAGUCUAUUGGGUGCAAAGAAGAUUCUUAGCCGCUCUGUAACAGCAUCAGCCGCAACAAGCAAACAGGCAGCCUCAGCGGCGCCAAAAGGAUUUCUUGCAGUGUACGUAGGAGAGAGCCAGAAGAAGAGAUAUAUAGUGCCAAUCUCAUACUUGAGCCAGCCUUCCUUUCAAGAUCUACUCAACAAAUCUGAGGAAGAGUUUGGGUUUGAUCAUCCGAUGGGUGGAUUAACUAUCCCUUGUCCUGAAGAUACUUUCAUCAGCGUGAUGUCUCAGUUUUAGUGAUAUGAUUAAUAGAUUAUACACCAUUUUGUUAUAGUUAGGGAUAGACUUGUUCCCUGUAAAUAGAGGAGAUUGUUUUUUUGCCUCUUUCUUGUUGAAAGAGUUAUUCUAUAAUGUUUUGAAAGUGAAUGCCAUAGACAAGAUCACGAUUCAUGUUAAUACAUUUUGGAUCAACCAUCGAAAAAGAAAG